AUGUCAAAAAUCGGUAUUCAUUUUGAUCAGAAACACAGUGCAGUACAAAGUAAACACGGUAACAUAAAACCUCAAAAUAUAUGUAUUUCAAUCAAUGUCACCAACAUUGUUCCUCUUGUCCUGAUGACUUCAUGGCCAAACUUUUUGAAUUCUCAUCGUAAAUUUGGUGACUUCUUAAUAAACCGGCUGACUUCUGGGCCUAAAUGUUGGUUUCUUAGCCGACUGGCUGAUUACUUGGCCAUAUCUGUUGACUUCUUAGCCGACUACCUGACUUCUCGGCCUACCUGUUGGAUUUCUCGACUUAACCUGAUGUCUUCUUAG